GAGAUGGGGGCAUGCGGGACAGUGUGGAGUGAAGUGGAGGAUCAGAGAUUGUUGAGGUACGGUGCUGCACGGUUGAGUGGUCGAGUGAUCCAGGGCGCCAUCAUGUCCCCCCUGCUGCUGCUGCUCCUCGGCCUCCCCGCCUUCACCGCGCCCGCACACGCCCAGCCCCACUUCUGUGGUCGCCCUUUAAGCUUCCGCCACCGCCAGUCUUCGAGCGAGGAGUCCCGGAUCUUCAGAGGGCGUCGGCAGGCUGAGUUCGUAAAGCCAAGUUUCCCGCCACCGAGGACUUCGCCAGCGCCCUACUCGAGCUGCGGCGCCGUGCCUGUCAGUGACCGCUUCCUGGUGACGGCGGCCUACUGCGUGCUGGACCCCAACAGACCAGUGAGCUCUGUGCGGCUGGGGGACCUGGACCUGACGCGGGACGGGGAGGCCAACAGUCGCCCCGCCGAGUACGACAUCGAGCUCAUCGUAAUACACCCCAACUUCACCUACAACCCCGAAACACAGAUUCGCUACAGCGACCUGGCGCUGCUCAAGACCACCCGGCGGAUCGAGUUCAAUGAGGCGGUGUUUCCCUACUGCCUAUCCCCGGGCCGCCCCGCGCCCGGCACCACCGUCAUCGCCUCGGGCUUCGGAUAUGUCAACGAGACCCACAAGCCAACCCACCUUCAGGAGGGAUUGCUGAGUGUGAUGCACCCCACUGUUUGUGAGCGGCUGUACCGUUCUAGGGGCAAGGAGGCCCUGCUGAGGCGCGCCUACCCCAACCUCCUGCAAGGGUCUGGCAUCGUGUGUGCCGGCCAUCCAGAAAGGGGCGCGUGCAAGGGUGACGAGGGCGGGCCACUGCUUCGGGAGGACGCGUCAGGCCGCCGCUUCCUGGAGGGCGUCAUCAGCUUCACGGGGGAUGUCUGCGGCCACAACAUGCUGCCCAGCGUGUCCGUCAGCAUCGCCGACCACUACGACUUCAUUGUCAGGACAUUGCGGACAGCCUGAGCCGCAGUAGCCGUCAAAAUGCCCGAGUUCGGAUCCCUGUUCGAUAGAUGCACCUGUGCGUUUCUCUGUCAGUCUUUAGGGCUGGCUUCUGUAGGCACUCUAGUGCAUCUGCCUUGAUUUGGCUAGCUGGAUGAUCUCUGAAUACUCCUCGCUAUAUAUACACAUGUACACUGGAACAUUAAUAUUAAAUAACUCUCUCUCUCUCUCUCUCUCUCUCUCUCUCUCUCUCUCUCUCUCUCUCUCUCUCUCUCUCUCUCUCAAAUGAUGAAAAGAGUAUGAAUGAUUGUAGGAGUGGAGGAUGAAUAAACAUAACUUCAUUU